AGCCGCAUAUAUUUUCUUCAAUGUACUGUGGUGAGCUUUCUCACACCCCUAGACAGGUGGUUGGAAGAGGAUCACCCAUAGAUUAUAAAUUUCUACUCCAACAUUUUUUAUACAUAUUGAUCAAUUGAUAUUGUCAUUGGCACUCGCAGGAGCAUUGACGAUGAAAUCAACAAACCCUGGCCGUAACGCAACUUUUGCCGUGAAUAACGACGACGAGGAUGGCCGCACCAGCCAGUCUCGACGAACAGCCUGCGAUGUCUGCAGAGAACGCAAGGUGCGCUGCGACCGCAGCUAUCCACAAUGUGGCCGAUGUCUCCGCCUGAGACACAAAUGUCAUUACACACCGUCCACCAAGAGUAAUUCAAUUGAUGUGCCGCAGGCCUUGAUGAAGCUGGAUUCACGAAUCGCCCAGGCUGAAGCACGGCUGGCUUUCGGACAGAGUAGCAUAAUGGCCUAUCCCAGUCCCUUUAUAGAUCCUAGCAGUUAUCCUUCCUUGAACUGGCUGGAGACUGGCCAAGCCAUGACCCAAUACCCAGAGGUAAGCUACAGCGAUAUACCGGGCAUGAACCUUAGUCUCGAUCCAUCGUCUUUCGGUGGCAUAGAUGUCAGCUGUGAGAUGAUGAAGCAGACACUUGACGAAUUUCAAGUCGAAAAUGACCGUGACCCAGAUCAUGUCUUUCAUCCCGAUUCACUCCCUUCUCCAGAUAUGGCCAUGUCCAGUCCAGAAAAUAUUCAAUAUGGUUCGCCAAAGCAUUCAUUGGCCAACUUGAUGUCUUGUCCGAUCCAUCCAGAGUGGGAUUUGUCCAUAGCACCGGAAACUCUGGUUGAGCCACAUCGGCAGUACUUUGACUAUGUACACCCAUUGAUGCCAAUGAUUGAUCGUAAUCGCUCCAUUGCAGCCUUCGAGGAUGGCACCAGUCAAACUCCUGAGGUCAACUGUCUAAUUUAUGCAAUUGCCAUGGUGGGUGCUGCAAUUAGCAAGGAUAAUGAUGAUCUUGUUUCUGCAUGCCAUCACCACGCAAGACGAUGCUUGGAAGAUGCUGAGCGGGAGUAUCCGGGUGUUCGCUUUUUGAGCAUCCAUGCCCUGCAGGCGAUGCUACUGAUUACCUACCACGAAUUCAAACGACAGGACUUUGCGAGAGGAUGGAUGAGCCUUGGGCGUGCAUUGCGACUGACGAAGCUGAUGGGAUUGCAUGAAAUGGACAUGGAGGCGUCAACAUAUAAUUCAACUGCCGGCCCGGCAUUCCAACUUCCCCUCCAGAAAGCUACUAGCUUGGCCGAGAUCGAGGAGAGAAGACGAACGUUUUGGGUAGCAUACAUAUUGGAUGCGUGGGCUUGUAAUCGCACCAAUUCAUCUAUCAGCUUUGGCAUCGAUGAUAUCUUUACUUCUCUCCCUUCUACCGCCCCAUCUCCAGAAUUUCAUACUGUCGAAAAAGUGAUCCGUCUGAACGAGGCAAUAUGUUGCGAUACGGAUAAUCCGCUUCCCCCAGUUUCCACUUUCGCUGGGCUAGCAAUUGUAUGUGGAUUAGGAGCGAUAUGCAACCGCCAUGGAAGGAUCGUCCAAAAACAACAACAUAGAAGAAAUUCAUCUGCAACAUCCAGCCCCUUAGAAGUAGAAGAAGGCGGCAAAUACCCAUUUUGGGUGCAGCAUUUCGCCAUUGACAAGAAGCUUCAAGUCGUUUCUCAUUUUCUUUUUCAGCAGCUCCAGGCACAGCAACAGCAACAGUUACAACUAACCCAACAGCAACAACAACAACAACCGCGACGAAGCAAUGCUAUCGUGCCAUGCGAUGCAUCAAUUUUGAUUGUAUACCUGAACUUUUAUGCUGUCAGUAUUUAUCUUCAUAAGAUUGCUGCUGAACAGUCCAUUAGCGACGCGGUGCCGGACUCGUUGAAAGAAGAGACAGAUCGGCGGUGCGAAGGUGCUGCAGUGCAAAUGGCUUCUGUAUUGCACCAAAUGCACUCGAAGGAUACGUAUAAUAUGAAUAUCAUGAAACAGGCCAAUUCGUUCAUUCUCUGGUCUCUAACAUUGGCCGCACAAAUCCUGAGUCAACUACUUGAUAGCAGCAACCCGGGCAAGAAUCAACGACGUCUACAUGGUACUUUAGAAAUACUGCAUGAAACCAUGAAUGAAUUAGACGAUGAUUCAGGAUCCUGGGAUGAGACGAUCACCGGUAUUGGAGAGCAGCUGCAUAAGAUCUCUUCAUCAUGGAGACCGACCUCUGCGGGGGUGUUACGGCAAUGACAUUUGAUAAUAUUUCCGUGGGGUGUUCACCGUAUGAUUUUUACUGUAUUUUUCUUCGGUGGUUAUGCUAUCAAUUCCAUUUUCUCGUUGGGUUGGUGGUAGAGCUGAUGCACGCCAAAGACGCGGCGAGGCUGGAUUGGAAAUUUGGCUUUUAGUCUAAAUGUAGUAUUGUGAUGGAGUAGAUUCGAUGAUUGUGUUCUAUACCAUAGAACCGAGACAUAAAAUAGAAGAUUAUAAUACGAAAAAUGAGUCAAAACAAAAGGAUCUUUUAUGCUAUAACAGCAACUGAAAAAGAAGAAAGGAAAAGAAAAA